AUGGCAGCUGGAAAGUUCGGAGCCGGUGGCUCCAAGAUGACCAUGAAGGCUCCUGCUGCUCGUUCUUCCCGCGCAGGACCAUCUCAACGGAACGGCAAUGCUGGAAAGGGCAAAACGUCCGCUGCAAAGGAGGAAAGUGGCUCAGAAGAUGCAAUGGAGGAAGACGACCAAAUCUCACUCGAUGACGAUGAGCCAGACACAGAGGACGAGAUCGAAGCAGCCAAAGGAGCUGGUUCCAAAAGCAAGAAGACUGCCAAGCGCAAGCGUCGAGCCACUUCUCCCACCUCUUUCGGUUCCGCUCUUGAAGGCCUCCUCGGCAUCGCACCAUCCACAUCAGCCGACGCACUCGAGACGCUAGACGAAGCGGCCGAGAACGACAACGACGAGGAAGCAGCAGCAGACGAAAGCGAAACCAGACCACCAGUCAGCAAAAAGAAAAAGAAACCCACCCAAGAAGUGCCGGCCAUCCUCUCACUCGCUCCACACCUUCGUCGCUCAGCCCAAUCCACCUCGCUCAGUGCACGAGCCGCCCGUAUCGCGCUCGAACAAAAACGUCGUCGCGAAGAACGCUCCCACGUCAAAGACGUAAUCGGCGGUUGGGGUCCACCUGGUGUUCUGCCACCAUUGGAAGAUGAAGAUGGAAACAUCAUCGAGACUUAUCCUGCCAUUUCGGCUGAAGACGAUGCAGAGAAGUUGCUGGAGUUUGCUGCUCAAGGCGGAAGUCAAGCAUAUGAGAGGAAGCUGAGGAAGGUGGCUCAACGUGGUGUAGUGAAGCUGUUUAAUGCUAUUCGUGCGGCUCAGACUACAACUGAGGAUGAUUUGGAACAAGUGGAGAAGAAACAGGCUGCCAGUGGGAAGACUGCGGCCAAGACGUCGGCAGUAGCAGCGGCGGCGACGACGAGUAAGAAGGCAGGUUUGGCGAGUAAGGAUGCGAGAUUGGCGGAUUUGAGCAAAUCUAACUUUCUCGAUCUGAUCAAGAAGGGUGCGAAAGGUGGUAAGGCAAGUAGCGUUGCUGCCAAGUAA